AGACGCAAAACUUUGUUUGGCGGCUUGUAGGCUGAAGCGAAUUCUGUGGUUGAGGCUUGAAACUUGGAAUUAUUGUAUUUCAAUGAGUUGGUGGUACAUUCGCAACCAACUUGUAAUGAUAUAACACUGCGAAUUAUUCCAGAAUGGAAUUUUCUCAAGCUGACGUGAGGAUGUUGGCUCUUUUUGCUGUUUUCUGGCUUGCGUUGGCACAUCGAUCUUUGGGCUCUGAACACAUCGACGAGCUAUUGAAAAAACAUCCAACUUGGUCGUUCGAGGUGGAAAGUGUGGAAACGUUCAUAAACAAAGCCCUGCAUGAGCACUCGUUUGACGGACAAAACUUGCAAGAGGCGGAAAAAGAUUUGAGAGAGGAGGUGAAAAGGAGUCUAGCUCCUGGAGCUACGCAUAUCGUAAGGAAAAUUGGUGAUCCCAAAUGGGAAACUGAUCCAUCAAAAGUUCCAUCCUUCUUCGACGCCAGAGAAAGAUGGCCGGCCUGCGCCCCGCAGAUUAGUUUUGUGGAAGACGAGGGAAAUUGCUACACAGAUUCGCCUUCUGUAAUUUCGUCUGUCUUGACCGAUCGGUAUUGUAUAUUUACCAACGGCACUUGGAAGGAGAGGUUUUCACAGGAGAUGCUUAUAGGUUGUGCUGAGCUGUGCACUGGCAAUUCCGUGCAAUAUUUUUCUUGGAAUUACGCCAAAACUCAAGGACUUCCUACCGGUGGAACUCAUGGAUCAGGCAAGGGAUGCGUGCCUUAUACCUUGCCUGCAUGCGAUCAUACACCUUGGUAUAAAACAGAAGGCCUUAAUAGAGACAAUGUGAGUCCUUGCAAGGGGAUUAUCUUUGACCACGAUUGUCCCAAGAAGUGUACAAACGCGAAGUACAAAACACCUAUUGACAAAGAUCGAAUUCGACCGACAACGUUUUACCAUAUGUUAAAGAGCGAGUUUUACGUACGAAACGAGAUCAUGAAUUACGGCCCUGUAAUGGCAAGAGUCUACUUAUUCGAUGAUUUUCUGGAACAACCCGUCGGAAUUUGGGAAGAAAAACCGGGCCGGAAAAGAGUCGGUUGGCUGAAGUACUUCAAAAUCAUCGGAUGGGGGACGGAGAACGGGAUCAAAUAUUGGCUCUGCGUCCACACGUGGGACACCUGGGGCGACAAGAUUUUCAAAUUUCCGCGGGGUCAAAAUUUAGACGGCGUAGAGUCCCUCGUCUCCUGCGCCGUAUUUGAGGAUCUUGAUUGAUGCAACACACCGUCUAGCCAUCACCAUGAUAUACAUCUGGUGCAAAGCUUUCAUUUCUGAAGCUUUAACCAUCUCUGGAGAAAAAAGCUAAAUGACAUCAUACUAAUACUGGAUUAAUAUCAAAACUCAAAUUUCAGAAUUUUUGAUCCAAACUUUCCGUCAAAAGUAGACAUAUUCACUGGGGAAAAAAACACAUUGGAUCUAGAGUCCAGACUCUUAAAAACAUCGACAAGGAAAAAUACUCUUGAUUCAAUCAGAUUUAAGCUUAAAUCAAA